UACCCAUAUGCUGUAAUACACAGUACUACAAAACAAGUUGUCCUGUACAUUUCAUCAUGAUAGAAGUCAUAGAACACCGAAAAGCAAAAGGAAGGGGAGUUUUAUUACAAAUGACUGGCGUGAAAGUUGGAGUUGGAUUGGCUCAACUUCAACGUCAAAGAAUUAUUAGAAGUCACCAACUUUUUCAUUGUUCCAUGGCCAGCAUGCUGAUUUUAGAGAUUCCUCCAAGAAAGCGUACCGACUUUUUUGAUAAAGCUUUUAAUGGUUAACGGAGAACAAUCUACUUGACGAAAACCUGGAGAAAUAUCACAUACCUUUUCCUUUUCUCUCUCCGACAAUGGUGGCUGUGUUCAACAAAGAGCUCUUGAGUUGGUACCUCAUCACCCUCAAACUCAACGAAACUGUUGAAGCUGGACUUCAAAAGGUUCAAAACCCUACAACUGCAACUCGGUCAAUUGAACUCUCACAAGAAGUACAAGCCCAGCGGCCGCUGCAGGUGCAGAAAGAACGGCAUCAACCCUUGGAUUCAUUGCAGGUUGCGGUCAAAGAUGGAACUAGUAAUGUUGAAGAGGGUCCCAAAUCACCAGAACCAGAGUGGGUGAUCAGCAUCAGAGAAAAACUUGAUCAUGCUAACCAAGAUGAUGACGCAGUUACAUGGUCAAAGCUCUGCAUCUACAGAGUGCCUCAAUACCUGCGAGAAGGCGAUGAUAAAGCUUAUCUGCCCCAGAUUGUCUCCUUGGGACCUUAUCAUCAUAACAAAAAGAGACUUCGCAAUAUGGAUCCUCACAAAUGGCGUGCUGUUUACCAUAUUCUGAAACGGACUAAUCAAGAUAUAAAGCUGUAUCUUGAUGCUAUCAAAGAACUUGAAGAAAGAGCUCGUGCUUGUUAUGAAGGACCAAUUUGCCUCAGAAGCAAUGAGUUCGUGGAGAUGAUGGUUCUUGAUUGUUGUUUUAUUCUGGAGCUCUUUCGUGGCGCUGCUGAAGGAUUCAAUCAGCUUGGUUACUCUAGAAAUGAUCCGAUAUUUGCAAUGCGAGGCUCAAUGCAUUCCAUUCAACGGGAUAUGAUAAUGCUGGAGAACCAAAUUCCUCUAUUCGUACUUGAUCGGCUAUUUGGUCUUCAGAUGGGUCAGCCGGACCUGAAAGGAAUAGUGGCUAAGCUAGCUUUGAGAUUCUUCGAUCCAUUGACCCCGACGGACGAACCAUUGACAAAUAGUGACAGGACCAAAUUGGAAUCAUCGUUGGGACACACUUCCGCUUUUGAUCCACUGGCGGAACUAGGAGGUCUUCACUCCCUUGAUGUCUUCCGAAGGAGUCUUCUUCGAAUAGGGCCUCAACCAACACCCAGGAUUUGGGUAAAAAGGUGGUCGCAUUCCAACCGUGUAGCAGACAAGCGAAGACAGCAGCUACUCCAUUGUGUCACGGAGCUAAGAGAGGCUGGGAUUAAUUUCAAGAAAAGGAAGACUGACAGAUUCUGGGAUGUGAAAUUCAAGAAUGGAGUUCUCAAGAUUCCUCGGCUCCUAAUCCACGAUGGCACAAAAUCCCUCUUUCUCAACCUUAUCGCUUUUGAGCAAUGUCAUCUUGACAGCACCAAUUACAUAACCUCAUAUGUGGUCUUCAUGGAUAACUUGAUCAAUUCCCCAGAAGAUGUAAGCGUCCUACAUUAUUAUGGGAUAAUCGAGCACUGGCUUGGCAGUGAUGCUGAAGUUGCUGAUCUUUUCAAUCGUCUUUGCCAAGAGGUGGUUUUUGACAUAAACGACAGUUAUCUUUCUCCAUUGUCUCAGCAAGUAAACCGCUAUUGUGAGCACAGGUGGAACACCUGGCGAGCAACUCUAAGUCAUAAGUAUUUCAAUAAUCCGUGGGCAAUUAUCUCCUUCGUUGCUGCUGUGGUCUUGUUGCUGCUAACUCUUGCGCAGACGUUCUAUGGGAUUUAUGGCUACUAUGAACCGCAUUCUUAAGCCUGCUAUACAAUGGUCUGUUUAUAUUCAUAAUCAACAAGAGAGAAUUGCUUGAACGCAUUACAUAUCUAUCAAGAAACAGUGAAUUGUUGGAUUUUAAGGUAGGAAAUGAGUGAGCGAGCAUUCUCUGCAAUCUAAUGGAAUUUGCGAGUCAUUCUACUAUCUAUGAAAGGAGCUUCGUUAUUACAUUCAAGUUCAACAAUCACUCGCAUCCUUGAUUUCGCCUAAUUCAGGCUCACAUUUAUCAGACAUAAAUUGCAAGCAGAAAGCAUCAAGCACCACAGAAUACUUGUCUUCGUCGUCUGUAGUUUAAUGUCAAGAAAGCAUCAGGCACCACAGAAUACUUGCCUUCGUCCUCCUCAGUUUUAUGUGAAUGCUAGGAGAAUCUAUUACAUAGGCAGGCAUUGAAUCUGAAGCAGGGAAGGAGGAUUUUGGGUAGCAUCAGGAAACCCUAUUCACUCUGGCACCGUUGCUUGUUCAUGGACAAGCACACGAUGGUGGAAAACGACACCUGAACCAUACAGUCUUCCAAGACUUCAACCGUCAAUUAGGUUGAAAGCUACUCUUGUAUGUUAGUAUGUCCUGAAGAUAACUAAUGAAGUGCAGUAGGCAAGAGUAACAAGUUCAAAGUGAAGAUUAAUCCUGUUCUUUUGAAAAUUAAGCAACUUACAUUCUAGCUAUGCCAUUGUAGCGUCACUAGGAACAACCAAAGGAGAAUAAUCCAAUUGGAUUGCCAA